GUGAAAAUGAAACUAAACUGAAGAUCAACAAGCUGCAAGCUUUUAAACUCUUUAUCUCUCCAAGAAAGAAGAUAUUUAAGACUUUAAAAGUCGUACAUGAACACAUCUGAUACUCAUUCACAGUUUUAAAGUAAAGACGAACAAUGGCAGAAUCUUCACCAACAUCACCAAAACCAAGACGGACCAGAAGACAGAGUAUGACUGAACAUCCAUCUUUUUCUGAAGAGCUUCAGUGUUGUAUUUGUCUGGAUGUGUUCAGUGAUCCAGUCAGCACUCCAUGUGGACACAACUUCUGCAUGAUCUGUCUGAAACAGUGCUGGGACAACAGUCAGAUCUACAGCUGUCCAUACUGUAAAGAAACAUUCAGUAAAAGACCAGAGCUCAACAUCAACACAACACUUAGAGAGAUCACACUGAUCUUUAAGGAAAAGUCAAGUCAAGUUAAGUCUGACAAGAUCAAUCUAAGAAGAUCUGAAGUCUUCUGUGACAUCUGUGAUGAAAGAAACCUGAAAGCCCUGAAGUCCUGCCUGAUGUGUCAGAUGUCUUACUGUGAAACUCAUCUGAACACACAUGAAAAAUUUCAUUUAAAGAAACACAAAUUGAUGGAUCCGGUGGAGAAUAUAAAGGACUAUAUAUGUGAGAAACAUGAGAGACCUCUGGAGCUCUUCUGUAGAGAUGAUCAGACAUGUGUUUGUGUGUUUUGUACUGAUGGAGAUCACAAGAAUCACAACACUGUUCCUCUAGAGGAGGAGAGUAAAGAGAAGAAGACUCAACUGAUGAAGACACAGACAGACAUUCAGCAGAUGAUCCAGAAGAGAAUCAAGAAGAUUGAAGACAUCAAACACUCAGCAGAACUCAGAAAAAGAAGCAGAGAGCAGAAGAAAGCAGCGAGUGUUGAGCUCUUCAGUGAUCUGAUCAGAUCCAUUGAGAGAUGUCAGACUGAGCUGCUGGAGAUGAUGGAGGAGGAACAGAAAGCAGCAGAGAAACAGGAUGAAGAUCUCAUUAAAGAUCUGGAGCAGGAGAUCACUGAGCUGAAGUUGAGAGACAGUGAACUGGAGAAAAUCACACACAGUGAAGAUCAUCUUCAUCUCAUACAGAUUGACUCAUCAUCCCUGUACAGAGCUCCAGACAUGAAGAACUGGCCUGAGAUCAGUAUGAAGACUCAUGUGAGUGUGGAGACUCUGAGGAGAGCUCUGACUCAACUACAGGAGACUCUCAAUGAGAAACUCACACAAACUGAGUUGAUGAAGAUGCAGCAGUAUGCAGUGGAUGUGACUCUGGAUCCUGAUACAGCAAAUCCAUAUCUCAUCCUGUCUGAAGAUAGAAAACAAGUGAAACAUGGAGACAUUGAAAAUAAACUCCCAGAUAAUCCUGAGAGAUUUGAUAAGGCUGUCUUUGUCCUGGGAAAAGAAGGAUUCACCUCAGGGAGAUUUUAUUUUGAGGUUCAGGUGAAGGACAAAACUGAAUGGUUUUUAGGAGUGGCCAGAGAAUCUAUUAAUAAAAAGGGAGGGAUCACAUUGACUCCUCAGAAUGGAUUCUGGACUGUGUGUCUGAGGAAGGAGAAUGAAUAUAAAGCUCUUGCUGGUCCUGAUGUCUCUCUGUGUCUGAAAGUGAAACCACAGAAGGUCGGGGUGUUUGUGGAUUAUGAGGAGGGUUUGGUUUGUUUUUAUGAUGUAGAGUCCAGGUCUCAUAUCUACUCUUUCACUGCUCAAACUUUCACUGAGAAACUCUUUCCAUUAUUUUGCCCAGGUCUUAAUGCUAAAGGUAAAAAUUCAGCUCCUCUGAUCAUCUCGCCUGUUCAUUACAACAAAUGAAUUCACAUCCAGAAUAUAAAAAAUAAGUAUAACAUUUACAAAAAGUUGAAAAAUAUGAAAUAACUAAACAUGAUUUUCCUGUUUUUCUAAUGAUUAUGUAAAGUAAAUCUGUAGUAUUUGUUUUUAAAUACAAACCCAAAUGAUUAAAUUCUAGACAUAAAGUCUCAAAUUAAAUUCAUUAAUGAGUUUUCUGCAAGUUUUUCUCUGCUCUGACAUUCAUGUAUCUGAUCCUUUAUAAAUAAACAUGCAGACUCAUAGCAUACAGUAGUUUGUGUAAAAUGUAGGUGAAGGUGAUCAGUGAGUUACUGUUAUUCCACUACUUUAAUUAAGCGGUAACGAGCAUGUAACAAAGUAUUUUUUUAAAUCAAGUAACGGAGUAACAAGUACCGAAAUUUAAAUAAGCUAGUUACUCGCUUUACUCUAUUUUGUGAAAAAUUAACACUUGCAGACAAGACAUUUCUGAUUUAACCUCGCAGGACCAUGGUGGGCGGCACAGUGAAUCAUUAAACUUCAUCAAUGAGCUGAAAGUAUGUUUUUAAAACUUGUUAGGCCGACCCUACACGUCUUUGUUUACAAACAAUCAAAUUCAUCAUGUAAUCUAUUGUGCAAGAAUGGUCUAAAUCUUAAAAAUAAGCAUACAGCAUCAUUCAAAGGUC